UCAUCCACAUUAUCGGUGUCAUCCCAAUUUUCAUCCCAUAGUUGUUGAUUGCUCAUUGUCGAUGGGAGCCAAUUAUCUUCAUUAAAUUCUUCAAAAUCAUCUUCACAAUUAUCAACGUCCAAUGUGACCGUAUUUAAAACUGGUAUCGAAUUGAAUGGAUUUUGAAAACUCAUUUUUUUGUUUCAAACUUUUACGAUUUUUGAGAAUAAAAUCAUUCCUUGUGCAACUAUUAUUACUUACAUGAAUUAAUUGGGUGUUAAUAGUUCAAAUGUUUGAUUCGAAUCGUGCUCGAAAUAAUUUUGAUUCAAGCAAAAGUUUUUAAUUUUAAAAUACAUCAAAAUGGCCAUGUCCAAAGGAACUUCGCAUUAUAAUCGACAGGUUUGGGAAGAUGAAUCGUUUCCAAUUUUGUGUCAAACUUGUUUAGGUGAUAACCCAUUCUUGAGAGUCAUGAAAGAAAAAUAUGGAGCCGAAUGCAAAGUGUGCAGCAGGCCAUUCACGACAUUUCGCUGGUGUCCAGGAUCAAAAAUGCGAUAUAAAAAAACUGAAAUUUGUACCAUUUGUGCUCGGGCAAAAAAUAUCUGUCAAACUUGUUUAUUAGAACUACAAUAUGGCCUACCGGUACAAGUUCGUGAUGAAGUGCUGGGAACAAAGCUAGAAUUACCAAAAUCGGAAAUAAAUCGUGAAUACUACUCACAAAUGCUCGAUCGAGCCGUACAGAAUUCCGAUGCCACAGAAGCGUUUGGAGCUCUCAAAGAUGCACCUACUUCAGAAGUGCUAACUAAAUUGGCUAGAAAUUCGCCUUAUUACAAAAGAAAUGCGCCUCAUAUUUGCAGUUUUUGGGUCAAAGGGGAAUGUAAAAGAGGUGAAGAAUGUCCAUAUAGGCAUGAAAAGCCAUCUGAUCCAAGUGAUCCGCUUUCCGACCAGAAUAUUAAAGAUCGUUAUUUUGGCGUAAACGACCCGGUGGCCGAAAAAUUAUUGAAACGUGCCGCCGAAAUGCCAAAACCUCUACCACCUGAAGAUAAGUCCAUAACUACUUUAUAUAUCGGUAACAUUAACGAACAAAUUGAAGAAAGUGAUCUACGCGAUUAUUUCUACCAAUUUGGUGAAAUACGUUCCAUCAACAUGGUAUAUAAAUCGAAUUGUGCAUUCGUACAGUUUACAACUAGACAAGCGGCCGAAGAAGCUGUUAAGAAAGCGUUCCAACGCCUGACCAUAAAAGGUACUAAAUUGACAAUAAGAUGGGGCAAAUCGCAAGGCAAACGUAAAACCGACGAUGAUGAAGAAGAACGAAACAAACCAGGUCCCAGCAAUAAGCAGAAUAAAGUUGCUUCCGUACCCGGGUUGCCUGUCGGUACACCCGACUAUUUUGGCCUAGUUCCAGCAUUAAAUCCACCCACCAUAGGUCCCUCAUCUUCAUCAAGCGUCUACUAUCCAUCACAAGAUCCCUCACGAAUGGGCUCAAUUUCAAUGAAAAAAUCAUAUCAUAAAAAUUGAUUGUAUUCAAAAAUAAAAUUUUUUUUAAUAACCACCUCAUUUAUUUAGCCACACCAUAAUAAAUAAACAUGAUAGAAAUAUAAA